ACAGAUCUUGGAAGCCUUCUUCUGGGAGUUUCCAGCAGUGCCAAGUGUUGGAGAAAUCUUUUCUGUCGCUCUGAUACAGUGGAGAGCACAAAUACAGCUCAGCAGUAGGCUCCUGAAGAGAGCAAUCACAGGUUUCAGAAGAUGACAGUGAAAUGUGAAGAAGUUACAUUUCUUAUGUGAUACUUGAAAGUUAGUGACUGCUUGCCAAAUUUUCCUGAAAGUUAAAUAUGACUUAGAAGCACUGAUUUAUGAAGGCUUAUGAUGUCAUCAGUUACGACGGAAAACAAACUCCAGCAGGCCGUGAGCCUGCAGGGAGUAGACCCAGAAACAUGCAUGAUUGUAUUUAAAAACCACUGGGCACAGGUUGUGAAGAUCUUAGAGAAGCACGACCCGUUGAAGAACACCCAGGCAAAAUAUGGGUCCAUCCCUCCAGAUGAGGCCAGUGCUGUACAGAAUUAUGUAGAACACAUGCUCUUCUUGCUGAUCGAAGAGCAAGCCAAGGAUGCUGCGAUGGGGCCAAUUUUGGAAUUUGUGGUCUCAGAGAACAUCAUGGAGAAGCUCUUCCUUUGGAGCCUGCGGAGGGAAUUUACUGAUGAGACUAAAAUCGAGCAGCUCAAGAUGUAUGAGAUGUUGGUCACCCAGUCCCACCAGCCUCUGCUGCACCACAAGCCCAUCCUGAAGCCCCUGAUGAUGUUGCUGAGCUCUUGUUCGGGAACAACCACCCCCACCGUGGAGGGGAAGCUGGUUGUCCUGCUCAAUCAGCUUUGUUCCAUCCUUGCCAAAGAUCCCUCUAUCCUGGAACUCUUCUUCCACACUAGUGAGGACCAAGGGGCCGCCAACUUCCUCAUCUUCUCCCUUCUGAUUCCCUUCAUUCACCGAGAGGGGACAGUAGGUCAGCAGGCCCGGGAUGCUUUGCUGUUCAUCAUGUCCCUGUCUGCCGAGAACAGCAUGGUGGCCCAUCACAUUGUGGAGAACACCUACUUUUGUCCGGUACUUGCAACCGGGCUCAGUGGUCUCUACUCUUCCCUGCCUACCAAGCUGGAAGAGAAGGGUGAGGAGUGGCACUGCCUUCUGAAAGACGACUGGCUCCUGCUCCCUCCUCUCGUCCAGUUCAUGAACUCCCUGGAGUUCUGCAACGCCGUCAUCCAGGUGGCUCACCCCUUGAUUCGCAAUCAGCUUGUCAAUUAUAUUUACAAUGGAUUCUUGGUACCGGUCUUGGCUCCUGCGCUCCACAAGGUGACUGUGGAGGAGGUCAUGACCACAACUGCGUAUCUGGACCUUUUCCUGCGUAGUAUCUCCGAGCCAGCACUACUCGAGAUCUUCCUCCGUUUUAUCCUCUUGCACCAGCACGAGAAUGUCCACAUCCUAGAUACCCUCACGAGCCGAAUCAACACCCCAUUUCGGCUCUGUGUGGUGUCCCUGGCAUUAUUUAGAACUCUUAUCGGUUUACAUUGCGAAGAUGUGAUGUUACAACUAGUUCUAAGGUACCUGAUCCCUUGCAACCACAUGAUGCUGAGCCAGAGGUGGGCCGUGAAGGAGAGAGACUGCUACUCUGUGUCUGCGGCCAAGCUGCUCGCCCUGACCCCUGUCUGCUGCUCCAGCGGGAUCACGUUGACGCUUGGCAACCAGGAGAGGGAUUAUAUUCUCUGGUCGAAGUGGACGCAUGAUAGUGCAGGGACCGCCGAGCAGCCACCAGCUGAGGCGUUCUCUCCGUCGGCCUGCAUCGUGGAGUACGGCAAAGCCCUGGACGUCAGCUACCUGCAGUACCUGUGGGAGGCCCACGCCAACAUCCUCUGCUGCAUGAGGGACUGCCGAGCCUGGUCCGCCCUGUAUGACGGAGACUCUCCCGACCCUGAGACCUUUUGCCAGGGUCUGACAGAGGACAGUGCUCUCACCCCUACCUAUCCAGUGUUCCGGCUCCCACAGCAGCUCCCCAGGAAGACCGGCCCCGCGCUGGCUCCAAGAAAGGACAAGAGCCAGACAGAAUUGGAGUGGGAUGAUAGCUACGACACGGGCAUCUCCUCGGGGGCAGACGUAGGUUCCCCUGGGCCUUUCGAUGAUCUGGAGAAUUCAGGCCCUCCAGCACCUGUCGAUCCCCCCAAACACAUCCAGGAGAUGAAGAAGAACGCCAUCCUGCUCUUCAAAGGGUCCUACAUUGAGGAGUCUGACUUUCAGGAUGAUGUGAUGGUGUACAGGCUGUGUGCCGAAAAGGAUGCUGAGGAGACGAGGGAUUCCCAGGAGGGGAGCGCAAGGCCCUCCAGCCCAGCCCAGACUGACGAUUGGGCCCCCACCCUGAGCAACGGCCCCCUGCCCCGUGCUCAGUCAGAAACAGACUCAGAGGAGGAACAGAAUAGGGACAGUUCAGACCCGUUUCAAAAUGUAUCCGAGGAAACGAAACAAGAAGACGAGCCUGAGACAGCCCUAGAAUCGAACUCCGAGUCAGCACCUCCCCUCUCCGAGGUGGAACACAAUUCAGACCCAAUGGAGGUGAACCCGGGGGCUGACGAUUUCAUUGCCCAGUAUGAUCAAAUCAUUAAGGAACUGGAUUCUGGCACCGAGGCCUCGAUAGAACAGAAGUUCCCCUCCCCUGAUCUCUUGAAUCCCUCGAAAGAGCAAAAGGGGAAGGAAGAAGAGAGUGAAAGAGAAAAGGAGGAAGCAGAAGAGGGGAAGAAGGCCCUGGAAGAGGAAGAGGACGACUUUGAUUCUUUUAUAGCAGAAACCCCCACCACGGAUACCGUGCCAUCCCCGUUUGGGGCGAGAGAUGAGCCUGCCUUUGCCAGUCACCGUCCUGUGAGGACUCAGAGCACCCCAUUCACAGGCCCCUUCAUCAGCGUGGUCCUGUCGAAGCUGGAGAACAUGCUGGAGAACUCUCUCCACGUUAAUUUGCUGCUCAUCGGGAUCAUCACGCAGCUGGCCAGCUACCCCCAGCCGCUCCUGCGCUCCUUUCUGCUCAACACCAACAUGGUCUUCCAGCCGAGCGUGCGUUCUCUCUACCAGGUCCUCGCAUCGGUGAAAAACAAGAUCGAGCAGUUUGCUUCCGUGGAGAGAGACUUCCCAGGGCUCCUCAUACAAGCCCAGCAGUACCUGCUCUUCCGAGUGGACAUGUCUGACCUGACCCCCGAGUCGCUAACCAAAGAUCCCAUUCAGGAUGCUUCCAGGACAGGAAUCGGCAAGAACCUUUUGGAUGGUCCCCCAAGAGUGCUUCAGCCCUUCCUGACAAACAGAGCCAAGGUGGCUGGGGUGCCCCCAAGCCUGCCCCUGCCAGUGAGGAACACCAUGCUGGCCGCUGCCCUCUUCCCUGAGUUCCUCAAGGAACUAGCUGCCUUGGCCCAGGAACACUCCAUUCUGUGCUACAAGAUCCUGGGUGACUUUGAGGACUCCUGUUGUUAGCUUUUUUUUUAAAUAGAGGUUCUUGUUUUUUAAGGUUUUAGUGUCUUGACUGAAUGUUAAAUGCAAAGCUGCUU